GUCAUGCAUGGUACUCUUAGAAGACUUGUGGCAACUUGGUUUAUAACCUUUAGAACUAAGUCUUCAGAGGGUCCACAUGAACGGUGUAAAAUUGGAAGUGCAACCAAGAAACCUCCUUUUUCCGCAACUUGGUCAAAAGAUUCUUAUGGGAACUAUUGGAAAGUUACUAACUUUGCAAGGACAAAGCCCUCUUUUCGGAGAAAGUUUUUGUCGGAUUUUGCAACCUUUCUAUUAUUUCACCACUUUUAUUGGUCACUUUUUGCUAUAUUAUGGUUUCUUUGGUUCGGUUUAUAUCAAAGAAACCGGGUUAUAUUGACAGUUUCAGCCAUUUACUUAUUGACUUGGUUUGGAAGAUUAGAAUAUGGAAGUGGACUGCCUUGCUCAACCUUUUGUCGCUCAGCUUGGUGGAAGUUGGUGUUUGAAUACUUCCCUGUUAUUGUUUACCAACAAGUUGAACAUGAAACUGCUUCAAGUGAUACCAUCAUAGUAUGUUGCCAUCCGCACGGUGUAAUGGCGGUUAGUAGAAUACUUUUGUAUGGUUUUCUUUGGGAGACUCUCUUUCCACAGCAUGAAAAGAGAAGGGCACUUGCAGCAAGACCGCUUUUCUAUUUGCCAGUUUGUAGAGAGUUUACGUUGUGGUCGGGAGGUAUCGAUGCUUGUAGAUAUUCUGCUCUCACUUCUUUGAACAGUGGGAACAGUAUUUUUGUGUUUCCAGGAGGCAGUGAAGAAAUAUUUGUAACGAGAAGAGAUAAUAUUUAUGUGCUGCUAGAGAAACGGAAAGGUUUUAUCAGGUUAGCGUUGGAAACGGGAUCCAAUCUGGUUCCUGUGCUUGCUGUUGGUGAAGAAGAGCUUUUUAGACUCUUUCGUUUGGUCCCAGAACGUUUGCAACAAUUUUUUUUACAUUAUUUUAGGCUUCCUGUUGGUGUAGCGUUAGGAAGUUACUGUACUUGUAUGCCAGAACGUUCUCCACUUCAGAUUGUGGUUGGAAGGGCAAUAACCGUGCACGCCAUAGAGAACCCCAGUAAAGAAGAUAUCGAUUCGCUCCAUGCCGUUUAUAAGGAAAGACUUGUCGAAUUGUAUAGAGACUUUAAAACUUUGAAUACUUGCAAAGACAAAUCUCUCGUCAUUUUAUGACAAUAAAAAGAUUUCUUUGAAA